CGCCUCACAACACAACAGAGACAGACAGACUGAGUACAGAGAGAGAGAGAGAAAAAAAACUAUAUAUAUACAUAUCUCUCUGUAUAUAUCUAUCAUAUAUAAUUACAAAUCUAAAACGAGAUUCACGCCGGCCUCAAAAGAUAGUUCGAGUGACAGAAAGCUUCACGCUCUGUUACUCUAUCUCUCUCUACAUAUAUAUGAUAUAUAUACGUUUAACAAUUAUUUAUGUAUACAUAUAGUUAAGUUAUAUAAGAACAGAAAUUCACGCUGGAAAAGAAGCGAUCAAUGUAUAGGAUUUGUUACAAGUUUUGUUAAUUACCCCUUUACCAGAGUUUCGCAUAAAUUCCAAGAAGCCAUUUGGGUUGUUAAUUAAUGCUCUGUUGCUGGUUAACAGAGCGGUACUCUUGUCCGAAAAACUGGUAUUAACGAAUGAACUGGCAGUUACAGCCUGAAUUCGAUCUAUACUAUAGUUUGAGUCGAAGCUUUAUGGAUUUCUUUGAAGGAUUUACAUAUGACCAUGUCAAUUUCAUCUUUUCUGAUGUUACUUAUCCUCAGGAGAGCACAUACUCUACAAUGAAUACUAAUCCUUACAAGUUUGCGUAUUCUGAACCUGGGAGUUUCUCCUACUAUCAUAGUUACUGUGAUGCAUAUGCAAUCAAUGAGGAGACAUAUGGGGAUAAUGGAUUUACCAGGCAACAGGAAAACACUUCAACCAUGGCAAACGAAAGAAGUACGGCUGUACAUGCCCAACAGAGUUCUCAUGCUGAUCCAGCAGACUGUCCACAAAGUAACCAUAAUUCUGCUGAUUUUCAGGUCGUGUGGGAAGACAAUGUUGAUCCUGACAACAUGACUUAUGAGGAACUGCUGGAAUUAGGGGAGGUUGUUGGAAGUCAAAGCCGUGGUCUAUCUCCAGAAGCUAUUUCUCUGCUCCCUGUUUCCAAGUUCAAGUGCAGUUAUUUCUGGAGGAAAAAAUCAAAGAAUGAAAGGUGUGUUAUCUGUCAGAUGGAAUACAAACGAGGCGAACGCCAGAUAAUUCUUCCUUGCAAACAUAUAUAUCAUGCCGGAUGUGGCAGUCAAUGGCUUGGCAUUAAUAAGGCCUGCCCUAUUUGUUACAAGGAGGUGCUUGUAAAUGCUCCAAAACAUUCAAAAAGAUUUUGUAAGUGACCAUAGAAAAGGAGGGUGGUUUCUUUCAUUAGAUCAAUAUUUCUAAUUUCACUAAUACCAUAGUCGAAUUACAUAAUAUAUUUCUUAUCUUUUCUCUCCAUCUUAGUUAGAAAUGAUUAUCUCGUGUGUUAAAAAAAGUAUUCAGAGUGAUUAUAGUUUGCAUUAUUGUUAUUGCUCGAAUUUAAUUAUCUUUGAGCCACCUUCAUAGAGGCAAAAACCAGAAUAAAAUUCAGUUAGCUAAUUGGUGAUGGUAUCGUGCAUAGUCACAGGAUCACUGACCCAUCCACAAUUUUCGUUCUGGUAUCACCGUACCAGAUCAUGCUACCAAUGCGAUCCAGAUUGUUCCAAGCCUCCUUAAUACAUGACUUGAGUUCCAUAAAAUCAAGUUUCAAAUAUGUUUGGCUCGACAUAUUUAUGUAAAAAAUGUGGUUAGUACGUCUUUGUAACUUGUAUAGUGAUGGUGUAAAUAUAGUUGCAAAAUAAACCAGUUAAGUAA